CGUUAACCUCGCGUCCAAGAUUCCUCUGGCCACGCAGCAAAUUCAGCAGUGAGCCGAGGAGUUUGUCACGCGAAAACGUCACGUAACCGAUCAUGCGUGUAUAUAUCCAGUGCCCCGCGCAUAUGAGUUUGUUGCAAGCACGACUGCCACUUGCUGAAUGGAACUCAUUCCGGAACAGAAGUACUGCCAGCGCUUAGUUCAGGUUUGAAGCAGUCCGAGAGAUCUCUUUCAGAGGCGGAGAAGCCAAGUCUUGGCCGCUACAAGUAGGAGUAACUUGCGCGGUGUGUGUGCGCUCCGGGAGGAGCGAGGUCGUCGGGGAUGGACGGCGAGAUGGGCGAGGACCUGCUGGCGGAGAUCCUCGUCCGGCUGCCGCACAAGUCGCUGGCGCGGUUCCAGUGCGUGUCCACCACGUGGCGGGGCCUCAUCUCCGCCGACUACCUCCGCCGGAGGCUGCCGCUCAUCACGUCCGGCGUGCUGUUCAACGACGGCCCGCGGGACGGCGAGGGCGGGAGGCGGGCGUACACGUACGCGCGCGCGUUGUCGUCGGCGGGUGAGGAUGGCGGUGAGGGCGGUGGCGUGGCAGAGGCCGACGACAUGGCCUUCUUCCCGUGCCACGCCACGUCCAGCAUCAUCGACGGCUGCAACGGCCUGCUGCUCUACUACGCGUCCUACCCGGCGGCGUUCCACGUCGUCAACCCGACCACGCGCCGGUGGGCGGCGCUCCCGGCGCCGCGCAGGAAGACGCUGCUCUCCGUGCUCUCCUUCGACCCCUGCGCCUCCCCGCACUACAAGGUGGUGUGCUUCACCGGGUGGCUGCCCCGGGGCGCCUCCGUCGAGGUGUUCGACUCCGAACCCGGCGCGUGGGGCGAGCACGAGCUCGACUUCGGCCUCGACACCGACGCCAUGUCGGCCACCAUGCACUGCUUCGACGGCGCCGUCCACGUGCUGGCAUACUCCGGCCACGUCGUCCGGAUCGACCUCCGCACCAUGGCGUGCACAGUCACCGCGCUCCCGGCGCCCGUGAGCUACCGGGCGCGCGCGGGCCACUGCCGGGGACGCCUCCGGUACGCGUCCAGCGACGGCUCGCGCCUCACGCUGUGGGAGCUCGUGGACGCGGGCAAAUCCGAGUGGACGGUGAAGCACGAGCUGGGGGUCGGUGACCUCGUCUCCGGCGGCUCGCGCCAUCCGGCUACCGCGACCUUCGUGUUCAUGGCGUUCCACCCGGAGAGGGAGGUGGUGUACCUGUGGACGCCGUCGAAGCUCAUUGCGUUCAACAUGGAGCAGAUGCGCAUCGAGGAGGAGUGCGUGUUCGGGUCCGGGAAAGGAGACACGCAGCUCAUACAAAUCUGGCUGUUUCCGUUCUCGCGCCAUUUGUCCAGCUGCUUGGCCUGAGUGGCGAUCCCACACACCAUACGAAUGUGAUCUUCUCCAAGAAUGUGAGUCCGUUUAGUGUUUACCAGUCCACACGAAUGUACGUAGUAGCGUCCAACACCACACGAAAAAAAGAUACUACUACCUCGGUCUCCAAAAUAAGUGUCUCAACUUUGUACUAGCUCUAGUACAAAUUUGUACUAAGCUUAAGACAGUUAUUUUGAAACGGAAGGAGUACGUAGCAAAGUUCAAAUGUGGUAUGCACGAUACUAUAAUCGUUAUCUAUAUUGGGUGUAAUGCUUAUUCUGUUAAA